CGGGUGGAAAAAAACAAGUCUGUUCAACCGUGGGCGGAGGUGAAAGCGACCAUAUCGCGAUCGCCACUACUUACUGAUUCGUGUCCUCACCAUAAAAACACUCUACUCUCUCAGUGCAUCGGUGUGACUGGAUAGCGUACAGAGAGCCGCAGAAAAAAAAGACAGCUACUUGGAGCCCCUCGUGGAGAUCGGUUGGUGUUUAGUAAAGCGCAAGUUGCCGCCUUAUUAUUGUGACUCACUUUUGUAACAUCGUGAACAGAAGAGACUUGAAAUGAAGGGACACGCCUGUGUGAUUCUCUUGAUGUGCCUCAGCUGUGUAUGCGCGACGGCACUUCAAGAGAAAUCGGCCAAAGAUGAGUUGCUUCUGGAAUACCUGCGGCAAUACAUGACCGAGUUAAAGAGGGGAGAUGAACCAAAAGCCGUGCCAGCUCAGAGGGGUACUGAAGAGCUUACCCGCGACUACCCACCGCCCAAACAAAUGGACUUGCAGACGCUUCAAGAACGUGACGCCGAUGACGAAAGUCUGGUCAAGUACAAGGAAGCUCUACUGGGUAGCACUGCAGAUGUUUUAGAUGAAGGCGGACAAAAUGUACUAUUGAAGGCCUUGGUAUUUGCUCCAGUAGACCACGAGGAAACUGUUCUGGAUCUGACAGGUGAUCUUUCUCAAUUCAAGCAUAACCCAUUUGUGGUUAAGGAAGGCGCCGAGUACAGGAUUAAACUCAUAUUCAGGGUCCAACGUGAGGGUGUCUCUGGACUGCGGUAUUUUGAAGCUGUUUACAGAAAAGGCAUCAGAGUGGACAAGGCCAAUUUUAUGGUUGGGAGUUACAGACCCAAAACGGAGGAGCACAUCUUCCAGAGUCCCGUGGAUGAGUUACCCGCGGGUUUGUUAGGCCGUGGUGACUAUAUUGUCAAGAGUAAAUUCACAGACGAUGACAAGAAUAUCUACUUGGAGUGGGAGUGGAGUUUCUCCGUUAAGAGAGAUUGGGAAUAAGAUUAUAGUGAUGAUUUCCUACAAAGGAAAUUGGUCUACUGGAAGUGCGGUUUACUUGUAGAUGAUGCUGUUGGUUUUUGAAGGGGUACAUCAUGAAUGUGAAAUUCUUAAUUAAAUUUAUGUUAUCAUGGUUCAGCAAGUAUAGGGAUUAUGUUAGUUAAAUGUAUGCCACAACAUAUACAAUGAAUAUGUAAUUGAUUUUUUUCCCAAAGUGGCACUUUUUUUUUGAAGGAAUUAAUUGUGGCAUUAGUCAUCAGCAUUGCCAAUGAUGACUUUUUUUUAGUCUCUCAGAAAAAGGAACUGCAUGUUCCCCCCCCCCAAAAAAAAAAUGUGUACAUGUAUAUGGAUGCCAUCAUCUAUGUACAGAACAAAACAAAUGACGUAUACUUGUUUUGUAUGAACAUUGCCUUUUCUCAUUUUAUCAGAGCAACUUGUACAACUCUUUCAUUUUGUGGAAGUCUAUAAAACAACGCAUUUAUUAGGAAAUACAUUUUGAUGAUGCUAUUUGUUGUAAUCGCUUAUUAAGUUACUUUUGGGAAUAAAUGAUACAUGUUAGUUGUAUAGCAGGCUUUAUUUU